UCUUGCUGAGAGUCACUUAUUGUGCAUGUGAACGUAUGUGACAUGCACCUCAGGCACAAGACGACACAUCGAAAUGGCCGUGAAUGUGUGUUGGGUGCUUAUAGUCCUCCAGGCGCUGCUUGUGGUGUUGUUUGCUGUCUAUGUCAGAUACGAGGACAAUUAUGAUGCAAUGAAGUACCCAUUAUUCCAAGAUAUCCACGUAAUGUUAUUCGUUGGAUUCGGCUUCCUGAUGUCCUUCUUAAAGAGAUACGGAUUUUCGUCUGUCGGAUUCACCCUGCUGCUCGCGUCCUGCAUUAUCCAGUGGGCGAUGCUUUGCCAGGGCUUCGCGAGACUCGACGACGAUUAUAAAAUCCGAAUGGGUAUCGUGAGUGUAUACAAGGCGGACAUAGCGGCUGGAGUAAUUCUAAUUUCUACAGGAGCGGUUUUGGGGAGAGUAUCUCUAAUGCAAUUGAUAGCUAUGGGCUUUCUGGAAACCGUUGUUUAUUGCAUCAACUUGCAUUUGGGAUCUGAAGUAUUGCGGGCGAUAGAUGCAGGAGGUUCCAUGUUUGUACACGUUUUCGGUGCUUACUUUGGAUUGUCAGUAAGCAUUGUUAUUGAGAGGACCAAUAAUGCUGAUGCGUCCGAUGAAAUAUCUCUUAGAACAUCUAACUACUCUUCAGAUCUUUUCGCUAUGAUCGGAACGCUAUUCCUGUGGCUGUAUUGGCCCAGCUUCAACGCGGUCGACCUCACAGGUGCCGAACAGCAGCGCGCCAUCAUCAACACCUACCUCAGUCUCGCAGCAUGUUGCGUCCUGUCGUUUGCCUGCUCGAUCCUCACAGAUAACGAUAAGAAACUGGACAUGAUGCAUGUGCAAAAUGCCACGUUGGCAGGAGGAGUCGCCAUAGGCGCUGUUGCAGGUAUCCUCAAGCAGCCCUGGGUUGCUGUCGUGAUCGGAAGUUUGGCUGGGAUCAUUUCCGUUUUGGGAUAUGCUAAAUUAAUGCCCAUCUUGGAGACAAACUUUCGCCUCUACGACACCUGCGGCGUCCACAACCUUCACGGAAUGCCAGGCCUUCUUGCGAGCGUAGCCAGUGCAGUGAUAGUAGGCGUAACUUCAGAAACAGGACCGCCUGACAGUUUGUAUCAGGAUCUACCUGGGAUGAAUUCAUCUAGUGAUAGCCGCGCCUUAAAAGCCAAUCUGUCAGUUUUUGGAGCUAGAAAAGCAGGAGAGCAGGCUGGAUAUCAAAUAGCUGCACUGACACUCACAAUGACCAUGGCUGUCAUAGGAGGAGCUAUUACAGAGCUGGGUGAAGCUUUGUUUCCCGAAAUCAACGUAGUGAAGGUGUGAAGCAGGAACUAAAUGAAAAUCGG